AUGGCAUCUGCUGCGGACCUUACUGUCGCCGUGGAGGGGCUCAAGCUCCAGUCCACCACCGAGACCUCGAAGUUCCCCAACUCUUUUCCUUCCUUGAACCCCGUCGAUAUCUAUAGAGAGCAUAUCGCCGAGAAGCUGGGUGCGGCUUCCGGCAUCGAGUCAGAGAAGAUCUAUACCCGUCUGCAAUGGAGUAGCACAUUGGACAAGGGUGAUCUGUUGCUGCCGGUCCCCGCCUUGGGUAUCAAGGGCAAGAAGCCCCAGGAUCUGGCUGAAGAGCUCCGCCAGAAGUUCCCCGAGUCCGACCUCGUCCUCCCUCCUACUUGUGUUGGUAUUCACUUGGUGUUCUACUUCAAGCCGCAACCUCUUACCCAGACUGUUGUGAGCCGCAUCUUGAAAGAGAAGGCGGCCUACGGUACAAAUGGCAACCAAGGUCUGCGUGAUCCCUCGGACCCUUCCAAGGGCCAGAAGAAGAUGAUUGUCGAGUUCUCCUCGCCCAACAUCGCGAAGCCUUUCCAUGCCGGUCACUUGCGUAGUACCAUCAUUGGAGGUUUCCUGGCCAAUCUGUACACCGUUAUGGGAUGGGAUGUUAUCAAGAUGAACUACCUUGGUGACUGGGGUAAGCAGUACGGUCUGCUUGCCAACGGUUACAAGCAGUUCGGUAGCGAAGAGGCACUGAACAAGGACCCGAUUAACCACCUGUUUGAUGUUUACGUGAAGAUCAACCAAAUUGUUUCCCAGCAGGAGGGUCCCAUUAAGGAGCUGAAGGAACAAAUCAAGGCCAAGAAGGAGAAGAACGAGGAUGUCUCCGAACUCGAGCAGGAACUGCAGAAGCUCGUGGAUGCCAGCGAGGACGAGAGCGCUCGUCGCUACUUCAAGAGCAUGGAGGACGGUGAUGAACAGGCUCUGGCUCUCUGGCGCCGUUUCCGUGACCUCAGUAUCCAGAAGUACCGUCAAACCUACGCCCGUCUGAACAUUGACUUCGAUGUGUACUCUGGCGAGUCCCAGAUCAAGAACGAGAGCAUGGCUACUGCCUAUCAGGAUAUGGAGAAGGCCGGCGUCUCCGAGAAGUCUGAGGGCGCCGUCAUUGUUGACUUCACCAAGCAUGGUGCCAAGAAGCUUGGAAAGGCUAUCAUUAUCCGUAAGGAUGGCACUCCUCUCUACCUUACCCGUGAUAUUGGUGCGAUCACGGAGCGUGACGAGGCCUACCACUUUGACAAGAUGAUCUACGUCGUUGCUGCGCAGCAGGAUCUCCAUCUGGCCCAGCUAUUCAAGAUCACGGACCUGAUGGGCCACAAGGACUUGGCUAGCCGUUGUCAGCACAUCAACUUCGGCAUGGUCCGUGGAAUGAGCACCCGUAAGGGUACCGUCAAGUUCUUGGAUGAUAUUCUGAGAGACGUUCGUGACAAGAUGCACGAAGUCAUGAAGAAGAACGAUGAGAAGUACCAGCAAGUCGAGAACCCCGAGGAGACGGCCGAUAUCCUGGGUAUUACUUCCGUCAUGGUGCAGGACAUGUCUGGCAAGCGUAUCAACGGUUAUGAUUUCAACCUGGACGCCAUGACCUCCUUUGAGGGCGACACCGGUCCUUAUCUGCAAUAUGCUCACGCCCGUCUCUGUUCGAUUAUUCGCAAGUCGGAGCUGAAUGUUGAGGAGCUCGGCUCUGCGAACCUGGAUCUCCUGACGGAAACCCACGCUACGGACCUUGCCCGUAUGCUGUCCCAGUGGCCCGAUGUCCUGCUGAACACCACCCGCACUCUGGAGCCGACCACCAUCCUUCAAUACCUGUUCAAGAUGACUCACAGCCUGAGCUCCAGCUACGAGGUGCUUAAGGUCGUGGGCAGUGAGCCUGAGCUGAAGAAGGCUCGUAUGGCUCUGUACGAGUCCGCUCGCCAGGUCCUGCACAACGGCAUGAGGGUGUUGGGUCUCAGCCCUGUCUCACGGUAUGUCCCUAUGAGUUGAGCAUUGAUUGUCGACGGUAUGCUAACAUUUCGUGUAGUAUGUGAGCAACGAAAGAAAAUUUAUGAUAAAACCGUAGAUUACGGUAGUUUGAUAAAUACCAGCAUCUGUUUCCUUUUCGUUCUUAGCAUUACAUUGGAGAGCAAUUGACUUUGGACCAAGAACUUUAAUGAAUGGCUUAUUGAGAUCUGGAUCGGCUGUACUCUGCGUAGACCAGCUUUUUUGGGGCAUUUUGAUCUGAAUGGAAGCAUCUGCAGUCGGCAGCCUCAGGCCGUGAUUCGCUCAAUGCGGGGAACCCCGAGCGGUGAGGUGGGCGGCGAGAGAUACUGCCCCAGUGCCCCUCCAUGUAACACCACGUGAGAGGCCAAGCGGGACGUUUCUGGACCAGGACGCCAUGUGAUUGGCUGAUCGCGUGACUCAGGGCAAAGAAAAACCGUCCUUUGCAAAAAUUUCUGCUGAAUCUUUUGGCCUCCCUCGAGGCCGUCAAAGCGACUAUU